AUGACUUCUCUCUCAGAAUACGUGUCUCACGUGAAGGAGACCCAGAAGUCCAUCUGUUACAUCACUGGUGAGAGCAAAGAGGAGGUUAACUCUGCUUUGUGGGAGCACGUGUGUAAGCGUGGCUUUGAGGUGGUGUACAUGAUGGAGCCCAGUGAUGAGCACUGUGUGCAGCAGCUCACGGAGUUUGAUGGGAAGAGUCUGGUCUCCGUGACCAAGGAGGGCCUGGAGCUGCCUGAGCACAAGGAGGAGAAGAAGAAGAUGGAGGAGAGCAAGGCCAAGUUUGAGAACCUCUGCAAACUCAUGAAAGAGAUCUUGGAUAAGAAGGUGGAGAAGGCGACGAUCUCCCAACAGGAGAUCAUGUCUUCACCCUGCUGCACUGACCUGGUGGUGCUGCUGUUUGAAACUGCACUGCUCUCCUCUGGCUUCUCGCUUGAGCAUCCCCAGACCCACUCCAACCAUAUCUACUGCAUAAUCAAGCUUGGCCUGGGCAUUGAUGAAGACGAGGUGACGGCAGAGGAGCCCAGUGCUGCUGUUUCUGAUGAGAUUCCCCGCCUUGAGGGUGACGAGGAUGCCUCUCACAUGAAAGAAGUAGAUUAG